AUGAGUAUGAAGCAGAGAGUCUGGGCUGCUGAAGAAAUCUUAACUUAUGUUCCUGUUUUCUUCUCUGCCCUCCUUCCUUGUUCUUCUUCAAAGGUUGAAAAAAACGAGGAUGGGGACCAAAAGAUUGAGCAAGAUGGCAUCAAACCCGAAGAUAAAGCUCAUAAGGCAGCCACCAAAAUCCAGGCCAGCUUCCGUGGACACAUAACAAGGAAAAAGCUCAAGGGAGAGAAGAAAGGAGAUGCCCCAGCAUCUGAGACUGAGGCCACUGACAAGAAGGAGGAAGGCCCUGCUGGUGGAGCAGCUGAGAACAAAGAGAGUGAGGCUCCCACUGCCACAGAAGCGGCUGCUGCUGACAGUGCCCAGCUGGAGGAGGGCAGCAAAGACAGCAGCGCACCAGCGGAGGAGAAAAAAGGGGAUGGAGCUGCCGACACGGGCUCAGAGCAGCCAGCCCCACAGGCUGCCACUCCUGCUGCAUCCUCAGAGGAAAAGCCCACUGCUGCCGCCGAAACGGAAAGUGCCACUAAAGCUUCCACUGACAACUCGCUGUCCUUGAAGGCUGAUGAAGCCCAAGACAAAGAGGAGCCUAAACAAGCCGACGUGCCUGCUGCUGACACCACUGCCACCGCCACCCCCGCCGCAGAGGAUGCUACUGCCAAGGCAACAGCGCAACCCCAAAUGGAGACAGUGGAGAGCAGCCAAACCGAAGAGAAGACAGAUGCUGUAGAAGAAACCAAACCUACUGAAAGUGCCCAGCAGGAAGAGGUGAAAGAAGAAGAGAGCAAGGCGGACCAAGAAAAUGCCUGA